UGCUUUGCUGGUUCGGAGCCGACGUCAUUGUUGACGUUGCCCCAUUCGGAGGCGUCCGAGCAGUGCCCUCAUUGGCCAUCCGCAACCAUAAAAGCUAUUCACCUGUGCCAUAUUCUCCAAUCUCCAAUACACCACGGACCCCGCAAUUCCUCAUUCUCCAUGUCGGCCGGUUACUUUCCAAAACGUGAAACAUUGUCGCUCAAAGACCUUUUCAAAGGUCUCGCCACAGCCAGCCAUGUAUUACAUUACCAUGGUGUUCUCGAUGCAUAUGGCCAUGUAUCAGUGAGAAGUCCCGAUAAUCCGGCUACCUUCUGGAUGCCGCGAAAUGUGCCUCCAGCACUGAUUAGCAGCCCCAACGACUUCGUCGAGUACAAAAUCGAGGAUGCAAGUGCAGUCGAGACAAACGCUGCAAAAGGCUACGUAGAACGAUAUAUUCACAGUGAAAUUUACAAGAAGUUUCCAGAUAUCAACAGUGUCGUUCAUAGUCACUCGGAGCAUGUUCUACCCUACGCUGUCAGUGGUGUGCCUUUAAAGCCUACAAUUCACAUGGCCGGCUUUUUGGGCACCACGGUACCCAUCUGGAAUAUCUCCUCUGCCUACUCCUCGGGAUCACUUCAAGAUGUGCUUGUUCGCGACGUCCCAUUGGGGGCUUCAUUUGCUUCGACUUUCAAACCAGCCACUUCUACUGGUUUCAUCUACUCCAAAGUCCGCUCUGCUCUGCCAUCGCAGAUUGGUGGCUCUCAAGAGCCUGACAACAAACCCAACCAUAGCGUUUCGUUGAUGCAGAACCAUGGCUUCACCACCGUUGCCUACGGGAUCGAAGAAGCAGUAUAUCAGGCCAUCUACACCCAGGAAGCCGCCAAAGCACAGACUUCAUCACUUGUACUUCGCAAUGCAUAUGUCGGGCAUGUUCUUGAGGGCAAAGUGGACGUCGAAGGUGGAGGCAAAUUCAAGUCCGCAAAAGUCAAAGCUGAAGGCGGAAUCGCAUACCUGACCGAUCAAGAGGCUCACGAUACGUGGAAGUCAAUCCAGACUACCAUAGAGCGGCCAUGGGAACUGUGGCAAAGAGAAGUCGAAGUCCACCCUCUGUAUCGCUAUGAUUCCAGUGGGACUGACUACGACUGA